ACCUUCGCUAUGCUGUCUUCAUUCUUCUUGAUAUUUUUGCAAUUAGUCAGAGGUAUGCAACAAUCAAGUACGGUCAUCCCCUCCAUUGAGUCCGAAAAAAUGCUUUUGAAAAUCCGGGAGAUGUUUGAUUUUGGGUAUACGAAUUACAUGAAAUUUGCAUAUCCUGAAGAUGAGCUUGAUCCAAUUCACUGCUGCGGCAGAGGACCGGACCUCAGUGAUCGAAAUAACAUCAAUGUCAAUGACGCGCUGGGUGAUUACCAACUUACCUUAGUUGAUUCCCUCGAUUCUCUUGCUGUGUUUGGUAAUACAACAGAAUUCAAACGGGCUGUUAAGUUGGUUGCAGCUACAAUGUCUUUCAAUAAGCAAUCUGUGGUGCAAGUGUUUGAGGCUAAUAUAAGGAUACUGGGAGGACUGUUAUCUGCUCAUCUACUAAUUACUGAUCCCCAUGGGCGAUUUGGUGAUCUGCGGCCUGAUAACUACAAUGACGAAUUACUCAGACUUGCCCAAAAUCUGUGUGACAGGCUUUUAAUAGCAUUCAAAGGAACACCUACUGGUAUUCCUUUUCCUAGGAUACAUUUAGGCUGGCGGUCAGUUGAGACGCUGGGCAGGGUGGAUACCUGCCUUGCUGGAGCUGGAACGCUUCUUUUGGAAAUGGGAACACUUAGUCUGCUCCUGCAAGACUCACGUUAUGCCACUCUGGCGCGCAAUACUGUUCGUAGACUGUGGAACUAUCGCUCACGCAAAACGGGUCUGCUCGGCACUGACAUCAACAUCUACACGGGUGAGUGGAUAAAUUCAAUGUCGGGCGUAGGUGCGGGCCAAGACUCUUUCUAUGAAUAUCUAUUGAAGGCCGGAAUUCUUUUUGACGACUCCGAACUAAUUAAAAUGUUCGAGGAAUCUCUGAGGAAUUUGCGAUAUGGGUUGUGUGAAGCUUCACCUGUGCAUCGCUGCGCGUGCCCUGAAGGGUACCCUUCGGUCUACUGGAAUAUUGAUAUGUUCACAGGGGAAGUAAUCAACACCUGGGUUGAUACGUUGCAAUCCGUCUGGCCUGGAAUACUUACGCUGGCUGGAGAACUUCGGGACGCCAAACGUCAACAUGAGCUUCAUUUAUCGAUUUGGCAGCAUUUUGGUCUACCUCCCGAGCGCUUUAACCUCGUCCUAAACAGAUCGGAACUUUCCUUCUACCCUCUCCGUCCAGAAUUCGCUGAAUCUACAUACUACCUCUAUCGAGCAACUAAGAAUCCCCUUUACCUUCGAAUUGGGUCCAUGAUAAUCAGUAAUUUGGAUCGUUACACUCGUGCAAAGUGUGGAUUCGCAACAAUUCAUGACGUUGAAGAUAUGACUCAGGAAGACCGCAUGGAAAGCUUUUUCUUGAGUGAAACACUAAAGUACUUGUAUCUCCUCUUCGACGAAUCUCACCCAUUAAACGUGCAUGAGGAGGACUAUCUUUUCACAACACAGGGCCACAUUCUUCCCAUUAGCCGCCUCCGAAAGCUUGCCCUAGACCUACCCAACAGUCCAUUUGUAAAUGCUCGGUUUGCGAAUCACUCUCCGUCGGUAGGUCAAGUUCGUUUAUAG